CAGCGGAUAUUUAAACCCGCAGAGCAAGGAUUACCUUAAAGCGUGUUUAAUAGAUAACGAGUAGGAUAUUUUACAAUAGUUCGUCUUUUAGCUGCAUUUUAGAAUUUGAAAUGGCGCUUCGUUUGACCAGGAAUUCCCAGCUGAAUGCAGAGAACAGGACCGCUCUGGCAGGAAAAGGAGCUGUCGCCUCGAAGCCUGGAUUAAGGCCCAGGGCUGUGCUGGGAGACCUGGGAAAUAAAGGGCCGGUGACAAAACCAGUUCUGAAGAAGGAUGGAAAACCUGCCACUUCCAAAUUGGUUCAAAGAAAAACCAGCAAGUCUGAAAAUGCCCCUGAACCACAGGUGCCAAAGACAACUGUAGCCAAGAAGACCAGUGAAGCCUGUGCCAAGGUCCAGCUUCCAUCCCCGACUCCAAUGGAGACAUCAGGCUGUGCACCUGCGGAGGACUUGUGCCAGGCCUUUUCAGAUGUGCUACUGAAUGUCAAGGAUGUUGAUGCAGAUGAUGCUGAGAACCCAAUGCUCUGCAGUGAAUACGUGAAGGACAUCUACAACUACCUAAGACAGGUCGAGGUGGAACAAGCAGUUAGGCCCAAAUACCUGCAGGGACAGGAAGUCACUGGAAACAUGCGCACUAUAUUGAUUGACUGGCUUGUGCAAGUCCAACUGAAGUUCCAGUUGCUUCAGGAGACCAUGUAUAUGACUGUCGGAAUAAUUGAUCGCUUUCUUCAGGCUAAUCCGGUGCCCAAGAAGAUGCUGCAGCUUGUAGGUGUGACUGCUAUGUUGUUGGCCUCCAAAUAUGAAGAGAUGUAUCCUCCAGAGAUUGCAGACUUCGCGUUUGUUACCGACCACACUUAUACCACGGCUCAGAUCAGAGCUAUGGAAAUGAAGAUCCUGAGGGUGCUUGAUUUCAGCUUUGGCCGUCCUAUUCCCCUGCAGUUUCUGAGAAGAGCUUCUAAGAUCGGAGAAGUAACUGCAGAGCAGCACACCUUGGCUAAAUAUCUAAUGGAGCUGACUAUGGCAGACUAUGACAUGGUGCACUAUCCCCCAUCCCAGAUUGCAGCUGCAGCAUUUGCACUGACAUUGAAAGUUUUAAACUGUGGUGAAUGGACACUCACUCUGCAGCAUUAUAUGAACUACACAGAGAGCUGUUUGAUUCCUGUGAUGCAGCACAUGGCUAAAAAUGUUGUAAAGGUCAAUGAUGGACUCACCAAGUACAUGGCUGUGAAGAAUAAGUAUGCAAGUCAGAAGCUAAUGAAGAUCAGCAUGAUUCCUCAUCUGAAGUCUGCAGUAAUCAAAGAUCUAGCUAAACCUCUACUGUCUUGAUGUUUAAGGCAGCUUAUUUACUAUUGGCACUGUGUGCUUUUUACACUGUUUUUAAUGUUGAGUGAUCAAUGGUAUUCAAAUUCCAGAAAUCCUGUUAGCUGUCCAAUAAGAUUAAAGUACAGUAAAUCUCUCGUUUUUACCCAUCUGAGCUGGAGGCUACUAAAAUGUGCUUAUCUCCAGUAUUAAAGAAUGUUAAUGUAAUGCUGCUUUUUAAACUAA